AGGGAGGGACAAACUGCCCCUGAUCUGUUUGCAGUCUGGUUACCAAGUUAGCGUUUGGUUGCAUCUACACCAUGUCCACCUUCGAGAAGCCUCAGAUCAUUGUCCACAUUCAAAAGGGCCUCAACUACACAGUGUUCGACAGCAAAUGGGUGCCCUGCAGUGCCAAAUUCGUGACGAUGGGCAACUUUGCCCGGGGCACCGGCGUUAUCCAGGUGUACGAGAUCCAGCGCGGGGACCUCAAGCUGCUGCGGGAGAUUGAAAAGGCCAAGCCCAUUAAAUGUGGAACAUUUGGUGCCGCAUCUCUGCAGCAGAGAUUCUUAGCUACUGGAGAUUUUGGUGGAAAUCUUCAUAUAUGGAACUUGGAAGCUCCAGAGAUGCCAGUGUAUUCUGUAAAGGGCCACAAAGAAAUCAUAAAUACCAUAGAUGGUGUAGGUGGACUUGGAAUUGGGGAAGGAGCCCCUGAAAUCGUGACGGGCAGCCGUGAUGGAACUGUAAAGGUGUGGGACCCAAGGCAAAAAGAGGAUCCUGUCGCUAACAUGGAACCUGCACAAGGAGAAAACAAGAGAGACUGUUGGACCGUGGCAUUUGGCAAUGCUUAUAAUCAAGAAGAACGUGUUGUCUGUGCUGGCUAUGACAAUGGGGACAUCAAGCUGUUUGACCUCAGGAACAUGUCACUGCGGUGGGAGACAAACAUUAAAAAUGGGGUAUGCAGCUUGGAAUUUGACAGAAAGGACAUCAGUAUGAAUAAGUUGGUAGCUACAUCUCUAGAAGGGAAGUUCCACGUCUUCGACAUGAGAACACAGCAUCCUACCAAGGGCUUUGCUUCUGUUACAGAAAAGGCCCAUAAAUCCACUGUAUGGCAAGUCCGGCACCUGCCUCAAAACAGGGAGAUCUUUCUGACAACGGGAGGCGCUGGGAGUCUUCACCUCUGGAAGUAUGAAUACCCAACUCAGCGGUCAAAGAAAGAUUCCGAGGGCUUGGAGAUGGGAGUCGCAGGUUCCGUCAGCCUUCUGCAGAACGUGACCGUGUCUACUCAGCCCAUCUCCAGUUUGGACUGGAGUCCUGACAAAAGGGGGCUCUGCGUCUGUAGUUCAUUUGACCAGAUGGUGCGUGUGCUGAUAGUUACAAAGCUCCAGACCAUUUGACUCAGACUUUACACUUGACAUUGUCCAGAGGGUUGCUCACAGAACUGUAACUUGAUCUGUGUUCUGCAUCCUCUGGCCCCAUUGAAGACGGUUGGAUUUGAGUGAUGAGUGACAGCCAUGGGCACAAAGCCAGCCAGCCAGCCUCUAGCAUCUUUGGGUGUUUGCUGGCCUGACCAGCAUGCUGCUGCACGUGAAGGCCCCACACACCAGCACCAGCUUUGUUCCUUUUCCCCAUGUUUCUACUCAGAAACAUUAGGGCCAGGAGUUGUGGUGCCAGCUACUUAACAAGCUGAGGCAGGAGGAUCAAUGUAGUCCAUAAGAUCAAGACUAGCUUGGGCAGCAUAGUGAGACUCUGCCUUUAAAUAUAGUUGGAUGAGACCCAAGUUUGAUCAUCAGUAUCUCUAUCAGGUGACUUAUAAUUCCUGUAAGUCCAGUUGCAGGGCAUCUCAUACCAUUUUCUGGCUGUAUUGGGCAGUGGUACCCACAGACACAUGCACAUUCUUAGAAAUUAAAAAAAAAUUGUUUUUAAAUUAAAAAAAAAUGUAAAGCCAAAGUCAGUAGUUGUUAUUUAAGUGUAUUUAAGUCUGUUCUGUAUCUGCAUAGCUCUGUGCUUUCUCUGUACACUGUGCUCCUACUCGGAGUCACUUCACUUGCUCUGUAAAGCUCCAGAAGAACACGGUUCGACUAGCCAGCCUGGAGAACUGUUUUCAGCAGUGUAACUGGUAAAAUACUGUGACUUCCAGCUGUCUCUCGUUUACUCAGAUACCAGCCUUAGUUGUCUUUUGACUGUGGUAAGUGAUGACGAGCCGUUGAAGAUUGAAUUUGUUUUUAAACCUUUUUGUCAAACCUUUAAAAUAUAUAUUUUAAAAUAAACAGGUUUUUAAAAUAUUUGGAGGCGUUGAUUCUUUCCCUUUGUUCCCUUCUUCCUCCUUGUUAAGUGCACCUUAGUUUCACUGGCCCACAUCAUAAGCUGAGCCUCCGGAAGGACUGGAUUAAUCAUACCUGCAAUAAACCUUGUGUCUCCCAGCUCAGUUCAAAGGGGCAGAGACAUAUAAUAUUCAUAUUUACAAAACCAAUGAGCUCUAUUCCCAACAUGCUUUUAUAGAACAGUGCUGUGGAGGGUUAAGUGCUUGCUAUGAAGGAGGAACGCCUGAGUUCUGAGGACUCAUAGUAAGGUGGAAAGAGACAGCCACUCAGCCCUGACCACUGACAUAUGUGCACAGCAUGCUCACAUACACAUACAAAGCACAUCUAAAAGGAACGGAGUUGUAAGUAUAAUAUAAUAAAAAUAAAAUUGAUCUUUAAAAAGGCCGCUUGGAUUUUUCUCCCAAUGUUCAAAAAAGAAAAAAAUAGAAAAUAUAUGAGAAUCUGGCUUCGAGUAUUUGUUAUUGAUGAUAGAGAAAGGUUUAACUAGAACAAUUAAUUUAUUUCAUGAAGUCUAAGAUGUCAGUUGUAGAAUUACCUUGUACUGAAGAAUGAAAAAUUACUGGCCUCUUGUAAGAACAUGAACUUUUUACCUCGGAGCCCACCCCCUCCCAUCUGAAAAACAUUUUUGAGAUAAAGGCCUCCUGGAACAACCUCAAAAUGAACCGGGUACAUUGCCAAAUGAUAGGACAUGACUCCUUAGUUACGUAGAUUCCUUGAUAGGACAUGACUCCUUAGUUACGUAGAUUCCUUUGGCAGAACUCCCUAGUGAUGUAAACUUGUACUUUCCCUGCCCAGUUCUCCCCCUUUGAGUUUUACUAUAUAAGCCUGUGAAAAAUUUUGGCUGACCGUCGAUUCUCCUCUACACCACUAGGUGUAUGAGUUUCGACCCCAGAGCUCUGGUCUGUGUGCUUUCAUGUUGCUGCUUUAUUUCGACCCCAGAGCUCUGGUCUGUGUGCUUUCAUGUCGCUGCUUUAUUAAAUCUUACCUUCUACAUUUUAUGUAUGGUCUCAGUGUCUUCUUGGGUACGCGGCUGUCCCGGGACUUGAGUGCCUGAGUAAGGGUCUCACUUCGGGGGUCUUUCAGUACCACAGAGGAAGAACAAGCUGUCAUCAAUGACGUUGCUGCCGUGCGUUCUUAUCAGCUAGUAUUUGGUUUGUACUAUUUUAUUUUGGUACCGGGUAUAUUUUGUUUAUGUUUUGAACCCAGACUGGCCUUGAACUCUUUAUCAUCUCACUCUGCCUCAAGUGUGCGCCACUAUACGCGGUUCCCUCAGAUUUCUCUGUAACCCUGGCUGUGCUGGAACUUGCUGUGUAAAUGUUUCUGUCUCUCAAGCGCUAGGAUUAAAGGUGUGUGCCACCC